AUGUCAUGUUCCCAACGCCGCCGCUACAGCAAUGACUCUCACCCAUCUGACCGUAAUGAUGCAGCUGAAAUUUUAUUGGGAUAUGCUAGUACUACCAACCCUGCCACAGAUGACCCGUUUGAUGGCCUACAAAGUCUCCAUGAUGUCAGUGGAGACUGUACACCUGGGGUGGGCAAUUUGGGGUAUAGAGACGCCUCAGAUUCAGAUGUAGACCAUGCUAUCAAGCUUGUUGAGAAGAUUGAAGAGGAGUAUUAUCAGCAACUCAAGCGGGACGUCAAUGACUGGAAUGCCCGGGUUGAAGAUGAUACAAAAAUUUUGCCUCUCUCGAAGAGAAAGCGGCCAUGCUCAGAUGGUGGAGACAUCCAGGCUAGUCCAUGCUGCUUCGGCCAUAAUUUAACCAACUCUCCACAACGGGUGCCAUCCAUGAAUCCUACCACACCAAGGAAGCAUAGGAAGCUACAGGCACCGUUCGAGUUCAAUCUACACACAAAGAGUCCAUCAAAGACUUUGGUUGAGGCACUGUCCGGCAUUGAGACAGCUCUUGAAAGACACAAUGUAAUUCUUUCUAGGAUGUGUCAGGUGAUGGAGAAUCUCAACACAAAGUAG